AUGCAGCUACGACAGGAUUAUCAUGUGGUCACUAGCUGCCAAGAGAAAAUUCAGCACUGGAGGAAGGUGGAUAACGACUAUAACGCCCUUCAGGAGAGGCUCGGCACCUUGCCCGAUAAGUUGUCGUACAAUAUCAUGGUACCAUUUGGCCCCUUUGCCUUCAUGCCAGGAAAACUCGUUCAUACUAAUGAAGUCACCGUUUUACUGGGGGACAAUUGGUUUGCAAAGUGCUCAGCAAAGCAGGCCGCGGGCUUGGUCGAACACCGGAAAGAACAUGUUAGAAAAACAAUAGAUGAUUUAAAAAAAGUGAUGAAAAAUUUUGAAUCCAGAGUUGAAUUUACAGAAGAUUUGCAGAAAAUGAGUGAUGCUGCAGGUGAUAUUGUUGACAUAAGAGAAGAAAUUAAAAGUGAUUUUGAAUUUAAGGCAAAACACCGAAUUGCUCAUAAACCUCACUCCAAACCCAAAACUUCAGAUAUUUUCGAAGCAGAUUUUGCAAAUGAUGUCAAGUCCAAGGAUUCACUUGCUGAUAAGGACCUGUGGGCUCGACUUGAGGAACUGGAAAGACAAGAACAAUUGCUGGGCGAACUCGAUAGUAAGCCUGAUACUGUGAUUGCAAAUGGGGAAGAGACAACAUCUUCUGAAGAGGAGAGGGAAGAUCAGAACAUAAGUGUGGAUGUGGCACCUCAAGGAACAGACUCUGUUACUCUCAGCAGUUGCCGUGUGGCCGAUACGCGUUCCGGACUGCUCAGUGGUCACAUGCAUGGUCAGCUGACCUGUUCAAUGAAUGGCUCAAACUCUUAUCAUAGUGAUGAAGACGACGAUGACGAUGGUGGCGAUGGUGAUGAUGGAAAUGAAAAUGUCCAUGAUGCUGUGGGGGCUGGAGAUGAUUCUGUACCAACAAUAUAUUUUUCUCAUACUGUCGAACCCAAGAGGGUCCGAAUAAAUACUGGAAAAAAUACCACUUUAAAAUUCAGUGAAAAGAAAGAAGAAGCCAAACGGAAGCGGAAGAGCAGUGGCGGCGGGGGACACUGGGCCCAGGAGCUGCCCACGAUCCGGACGCCUGCCGACGUUUACAGAGUCUUUGUGGACGUCGUGAACGGGGAGUACAUCCCUCGGAAGUCGAUCCUGAAGUCUCGCAGCAGAGAGGACAGUGUCUGCAGUGACACCAGUGAGAGCAGUGCCGCUGACUUCGAUGACAGACGUGGGCUUUCAAGGAGCAUUAGCUGUGACGAGGCCACUUGUAGUGACACCAGUGAGAGCAUUUUGGAAGAGGAACAGCACGAAAACCAUCAAAAGAAGCUACCACCCGUAACAGGGUCGCCUGAGGCUUUCUUUGGAACCGUAAUAGAAAAAGAACUUUUGUCGCCCUCCUUCCCACCUCACCCAGCCGUGGCUCACCCUGUGCUCUCCACCAUCCCGGAACGAAAAGAGGUCCCGUCAGGAGUGUCGGGAGUAUCGGAGGACGCUGCAAAGAGGGUUUCAAAGUUCAAAGCUGCCAGAUUGCAGCAGAAAAACUAGCCCUGCCUAGGAGAUGGGAGUUUACGUCCUCAAACCUAGUUCUGCAUUCGUUUAGAAUACAUAGAGCAACAAAAGUUCCGUGCCGUUGGAAAUAAGGCAUCCUGAGUUAAUGGGGCAAGAGGUUCUCUCACUCUUAUCACAAGAAAAAGGAAAGUAAACGUUUGAAGACUUUCGUAAUCAUCUUGUUUUGUUAAUUCUCUGAAUGCUGUCAGUCCUCUUGUCUAAGUUUGCCUUACGAUGCAGUGGCGGCUUUUCGAAUUAUUUUUCAAAGAAUACUGUUCAUAUGCAUUGUUUUUGUGUUUCAAACUAAAUACAGGCAGUUUUGUACCAGCUGUGAUGUUGUGCAUACCAUAUGGACCAUUUUAAGAAACUUUUAAAAUUUCAAAUAGAUUCAACAGUUAUAUUA